CGGUCGGGCGGGGCGGGCGGGCGGCGGCGGCGGCGGGGAGACAGGCGCGGGCGGAGGACACGGGCUGAACGGGCGCGCACCGACCAUGGCCUCCAAGUGCCCCAAGUGCGACAAGACCGUGUACUUCGCUGAGAAGGUGAGCUCCCUGGGCAAAGACUGGCACAGAUUCUGCCUCAGGUGCGAGCACUGCAGCAAGACGCUGACGCCAGGGGGCCACGCCGAGCAUGACGGGAAGCCCUUCUGCCACAAGCCCUGCUAUGCCACGCUGUUCGGACCCAAAGGGGUGAAUAUCGGAGGUGCCGGCUCCUACAUCUACGAGAAGCCCUCUGCCGAGAAACCGCAGGUCACUGGCCCCAUCGAGGUCCCUGUGGCCCGAGCUGAGGAGCGGAAGGCCAGCGGCCCCCCGAAGGGGCCCAGCAAAGCCUCCAGCGUCACCACGUUCACCGGAGAACCCAACAUGUGUCCUCGCUGCAACAAGAGGGUCUACUUUGCCGAGAAGGUGACGUCUCUGGGCAAGGACUGGCACCGGCCGUGCCUGCGCUGUGAGCGCUGCGGGAAGACGCUGACCCCAGGCGGGCACGCGGAGCACGACGGCCAGCCCUACUGCCACAAGCCCUGCUACGGAAUACUUUUCGGACCCAAGGGGGUGAACACCGGAGCUGUUGGCAGCUACAUCUAUGACAAGGACCCCGAGGGCAAGGUUCAGCCCUAG